UGCGUUUCAGGGGGGGGGGAGCGAGCGGGCUUGCUCUUCUUCACAUGCGAUCGGACGACCAGCAAGAAGAAGAAGAAGAAGAAGAAGGAGCAGCAGAAGAAGAAGAAGAACGCGACGCCCCCCCCACCCUAACAACACCACCCCCUCUUCUUUCUCCUCCUCCCCCCUCGUCGUCGUGUGUCUCUCGGCAGUCAGUCGGCACCUGUUCUCGCUCGUCGCCUGCUUUGCCUUCAUGCAAGUGAGCGCGGACGUGCUCUCUUUGCCCCCAUUGUGAGAUUAGACGGCCAUUUUUUUUUGUAUAUAGAUAUUUUUUAAAGACAGCACCGAGAGUAUGACUUCGACGUCGUAUAGCCUGGAUUACCUACCGCUGACUGAUAGUCGGUUAAUGGCUGCGGGGGACGCCAUCAACGGCAUGAAGAUGAACGGGUCGUCGGAACACUUGGAUCAGCCGGACCCGGACUCCAUCAAGAUGUUUGUGGGCCAGAUCCCUCGCUCCUGGUCGGAAACGGAACUCAAGGAGCUUUUUGAACCCUUUGGAGCCGUGCACCAGAUCAACAUCCUGCGCGAUCGCACCCAGAACCCCCCUCAGAGCAAAGGAUGCUGUUUUGUAACUUUUUAUACAAGAAAAGCUGCACUGGACGCCCAGAACGCCCUCCACAACAUCAAGACCUUAAGCGGGAUGCAUCAUCCUAUUCAGAUGAAACCGGCCGACAGUGAGAAAACAAGCGCCGUCGAAGACAGAAAACUCUUCAUCGGAAUGGUUUCAAAGAAAUACGGCGAGAACGAGGUCAGGAUGAUGUUCUCGUCCUUCGGCCAGCUGGAGGAGUGCCGAAUCCUGCGCGGACCCGACGGGCAGAGCAGAGGCUGUGCGUUUGUCACAUUUGCUACCAGGGCAAUGGCACAGAAUGCAAUCAAAACCAUGCAUCACUCUCAGACUAUGGAGGGUUGCUCGUCGCCUCUGGUGGUGAAAUUUGCCGACACGCAGCGGGAUAAAGAGCAGCGCCGUCUGCAGCAGCAACUGGUGCAGCAGAUCCAGCAGCUCAACAGCGCCUCCACCUGGGGGAACCUGGCCGGUUUGGGCAGCCUCACGCCUCAGUACCUGGCCUUGCUGCAGCAGGCCGCUUCCACGAGCAACCAGAGCACUUUCAACAGUAUCCAGAGGCUAGGUGUGAAUCCGCUUCAGCUGCAGAAUUUGGCCACGUUAGCCGCAGCGGCCGCGGCGGCGCAGACCUCCGGCAGCCCCACCUCUUCCAGUGGCCUGUCGGCCGCCACCAGUGCGCUCGGAGCUCUGGCCAGCCCAGCCGGCUCGACGGCGGGUUCCAGCGCCAGUGCCGCCAUGAACACGUUGGCGUCUCUGGGCACCCUGCAGGGUCUCACCGGGGCUUCCGUUGGCCUCAACAACCUCAACGCUCUCACCGCCGGCGUCGGCGGGAUGGGGGCUCUGAACGGAGGUCUGGGCUCGUCCAUGGCCAACGGCUCGGCGGCCAGUUCCAUGGACGCGCUGACCCAGGCCUACUCGGGCAUGCAGCAGUACACGGCCUCGGCCCUGCCCUCCCUCUACCCCCAGCCGCUCCUGCAGCAGAGCAUCCCCGGGCACCAGAAGGAAGGGCCGGAGGGCGCCAACCUGUUCAUCUACCACCUGCCGCAGGAGUUUGGGGACCAGGACCUCCUGCAGAUGUUCAUGCCCUUUGGGAACGUGGUGUCGGCCAAAGUGUUCAUCGACAAACAGACCAAUCUGAGCAAGUGCUUUGGGUUCGUCAGCUACGACAAUCCCGUCUCGGCGCAAGCUGCCAUCCAGGCCAUGAACGGCUUCCAGAUCGGAAUGAAACGGCUGAAGGUUCAGCUGAAGCGUUCCAAGAACGACAGCAAGCCCUACUGAUCCCCCUCCCCUCCUCCCCCCCCCCAUGCUCCCCAGCUCUAACGCUAGCGACGCUAGGGUAAGUUCGCCCUCCGGCCAGUCACCACAGCACAGACUCGGUGGGGGGCAGGGGGCGGAGAAAGGAGCCGUGUGGCUUUCCUUCAAAAAACGAAAAUGACGACGACAACAAAAAGAAGUUUGCAAUGAUCUUUUCACGUCUACUGUAUUUCAUUCCUGCUGUUUGAGUAUUUUAAUGUAUGAUUAUUUAUGAGCCUCACUUGAGUCGGUGUUGUCACCGGAGGGAGCAAGAUUAGAGCGUUUUGGUUUUGGUUUUUCUCCUUUUUUUUUUUAAAUUGCCUUCAGCUGACGCUUAAGACAGGUUGACUAAGGAUCGCGUGGGUUUCUCAGCGUGCUUCUUUACCUACAUGAGUCCGUCUCAUCACCCGUUGUGAACGUCGCCCUCUUUGUUUCGAUGUCUUUCUCCCUCUCGGUGUCUCUCUCUGUCUGUCUGUCUUUAUUCUUGUUCUUAUUAACACCCUCCCGCAGUCAUUUCCAUCCAUCUGGGCUCGACUCCAGAUGGAUCUUUUCGGUGCCAAGUACAUUGCAUGUUGGGAGUUCCUCCAGUCCAGUCCAGUCCAGUCCGUGUAGAUUGUGGUUUUGGUUUUGUUUUGUGGAAGGCGUCGUUGUCGUGUGUCGUUUACCUUCCACUGUUUGUCGCCGCCCUCUUGUCAGGGUUCCCCCGAAAACGUGAAAUGUGGCUCCACCACCGUGUGGAACCACCACAUGCCUUUCGGUGACUCUUCCGGUCUCCGUUGCGUCCCGCCGCUUACAGCCUGCGAGAAAAGAUUGUGCUCAGGACCGUCCCAUCCAUGAAUUGGACCCCACUCCUGGUUUAGGCGGUGUUGUCGUUGAAACUGCACCAACUAAAUGGGAACCAAGCAAAAUUCCCCCGCCGACCUUCAUGAAAGUGAGAGCCACUUCUUGGCCGCUGAUCAAUGCCAAGGGUGACGAGUUCCAUUUUGGCUUCCGAGUUCAACGCGACGUCAAUUGCAAGUGAGCCACACUACGGCAAAUCACAACUCCGCCGUUGUUGGAAUACAUCAGCUUUGCCAUGAAUUGAUGAUUGGCGAUGAGCGAGGCAAGGCAGCGCCGUCGGGUACCGCAAAGGGCUCGUGAGUGGACCGAUGCCUCAGGCGGCGCUUUGGCCCCACGAGCAGAUUGCAAAAUGCGUCGCCUUUUGGAUCCGACCGACAACGUGUGGUGUUGAAAAGGCUGAAGAAAUCGCCGCCUUCGGGACGGAGUGAAGCGAAACCACGGCUGUCCGUGAUAACCCAAAUAGUUGACUAGUUAUUGAUUGAUUGUUCCGGCUCCAAUGCACAUAGUCCAAACCAAGAAUCGCGCGCCCGCUCGACGAUCGCCCGCUCGACGAUCGCCCGCUCGACGAUCGCCCGCUCGACGAUCGCCAGCUCGACGAUCGUCCGCUAGAUGAUCGCCCGCUAGACGAUUGCCCGCUCGACGAUCACCCACUAGACGAUCGCCCACUCGACGAUCGCCCGCUCAACGAUCGCCCGCUAGACGAUCGCCCGCUCGACGAUCGUCCGCUAGACAAUUGCCGCUCGACGAUCGCCCGCUAGACGAUCGCCCGCUAGACGAUCGCCCGCUCGACGAUUGCCCGCUCGACGAUCGUCCGCUAGACGAUUGCCGCUCGACGAUUGCCCGCUAGACGAUCGCCCGCUAGACGAUUGCCCGCUCGACGAUUGCCCGCUCGACGAUCGUCCGCUAGACGAUUGCCGCUCGACGAUUGCCCGCUCGACUUCCGGAGUUUGCAUCUCGGCGAAGGGGCGGCCAUCUUGUUUUUGGGGGAACCCGGCUGUGUGUUGAUUGUUGUUUAGGGUGCCUCAUGGCUCGAACGAUUCAUGUGCCGUGGCCCUAACUUUUUGCUCUCUCUCUCUCUCUCUCUCUCUCUCUCUCUCUCUCUCUCUCUCUCGCUCUGUCUGUCUCUUGUGUUUUUAUCCCUUUGUUUGAUUUUUUAGAACAAAUCUCCAUGCCUGUUUGCUCAUCAUUAGCCUAGCAUGUCUUCACGAUGUUGAAAGGCAAGGCGCGCUCCCCGCUGGUCUCCUCCUCCUCCUCCUCCUCCUCCUCCUCCUCAUCCUCACCACCACCAUUGUUUGUGAUGUUUCUCUUAAGAUCGCCUGACCAAUACUUGGCCCCGCCCACUUAGCUCAACCUGACUGGUUUCUGCAUGCGUGUUCAUCAUUUGUCUUUUGUUUUGUAUUGAAAAUGUGACGAGAUGGGAGAGAGGUCAAGCGACAGUAAUGUGAAAACGUACCUACGUUCAUUUUUCUUUUUUCCCUGAAUGUUUUAAAAACCUGUGGGAUUUCUUAGUUGAGCUUUUUUUUAUUAUUCUUUUUUUUUUUUAAUACCUCUCGGUAGGGUUAAAUACAGGGAUUGGCACGCCAGCUGUGCUAUUGGUGCCAUUAGCAAUAUGUUGAAGAAAGUAAAGGCUUGGAAACCACUUUUUCUUUUUUUAAACUUUCCCUGAUCCGUUUAAAAAAAAAAAAACCUGUCGGCGCUCCUCUCGAGGGAGCGCCACAUUUGGCGGGCAGUGUGAAGACUUUUUUUUUCCCCCCUCUCUCCAUCAGGGCGAUUGAAAAUUCGAGUUUGUUUUCAUUUCGACAUUUCUUUUUAUACUACCAAUGGCACAAUAAAAGGUACAUUUGCUCAGUUUGGAGAAAUGGCUACCUACCUACACGAGUCAACUUUUUUAGAACUGAUUCACAAAUAGACAAUCUGUGGUUGAAAUGCACACUUAGAUGACCUAUAUUUUGUACCAUUGAAUCUAUAGAGGUCGAACUAACAGAACCCAGGCAAAAACAUUGGCUUUGUUUUUGUGGGGUGUGUAGAUUUAUGUUGUAAUGUCAUCUGUGGUGGGAAAAGGGGGGGGGGCGCUGUGGUUUUAAAAAAAAAAGUGACAGUCACUUCUACUCAAUUUGAAAAUUCCUCAGCAUCCGUUCGAAAUUUGUUUCAGGAUGUCUUUGGUACGUAUUGUUGAUUUCUGUGAAUGAUUAUGUACAGAUCUUUUUUUUUUUUUUUCAUUAAUACGGAUGCUUUCACUGUUGUUGGAUGCCUUGUGUGAUUUCCAAUGUUUGUUGAUCAUGCAGAUGAUAGCCAAUUUUUUUUUUUUUUUUUUUUUCAAAGUGCCCAUGUGUCAAAAGUUUGGAUGCUCCACGACAAGCUCGAGUUUUGUUUUUUGUUUUUUGAUGGCGGUUUGUGCGCUCCUCAAUGCGGGAGCCCCUGAAGACGAGACCACUCACUCAACCCCCCCGCCCCUUUGGAGUUGUGACCCCCCCCCCCCUCCCUAAUUCCCACCACGCCUGUGUUGGUUUACAAAUACAUUCCACUGUUUCUGCACAAAGUUUACACUUGCCCGAAGGGUGAUUUUCUGUUUUAUUGUACCACACCAAAACAACCACUUCUAGAGCCCCCCCCAAGAUUUUUGCGCUAAUGAGUUGCCAACUCAGGGUAUUUCUUUGAUGUGUGAGAAACAAAAUUGACGACACGUGUACAGCUUUAUUGGGUUUGUUUUUGUCACCUUGUCUGCAACCCACCACCACCACAAAACGAACAAGACCCCCACCACCCCCCACCCCAAAAAAAAAGUGCACAAAAUGCGUGUUGUCUUGCGAAGGAGCACUAAGCACAAAGACGGGAGCUUUUGUGGGGCGAGCGUAGUGUGCGUUUCUUUUGAAUGCUUUUUACGGUGUUUUUUCUAACUGGAUAUGAUCUAAUGCAAUACAAUAAUUCAAGUGCCAUACACGUCUAGAAAACUGCCUACACAUCCUUAUCGGGCCUUGCUUAGAUUGCUGCACUUGGCCUUUUGUGUGUCACUUGCUUAAACGCCAAUAACCACCCCACCCCCACACCCCCCCAAGAAUAUUUUGGGUGUCGUUAGUAACUGUAUUGUGUCGUGAAGCAUUUGUCGAUUAAAUAAACACCCCCGUAUAUAGAAAUAUAUAUAUCGAGAGAGCGAGAUCCAUUCAGACGUCUCUUAACUACGAUAGAUGGGCGGGCGUGAGCUCCUGCACUGAAAACACUUUGCGACCCCCCACCUGGACUCGAUCGAACGUUUCCAAGAACCACUUUGUCAGUCGAGCAUCGUGUCGUCGUCUUUUGGGGCGCGCGGCAAAGCGUUUAGAGGAGAAAGCACAAAUGUACCCGUGGACGUACCCGCCGUGUACAGCCAGUCUCACUUCAGGGGCUUCCGUCACCAAAUGGCAGCUGCCAACAAUCACACCCCCCCCCCUCGGCGCUCGGCGCGGCGGCUUUGCAGCCUCUUUCCAUCUCGUCUCGGGCAAAUCGGACGCGCGCCGCUAUGUUGUUUCCUCGGCUGAUGAAUAGAAGUGUUGCUUUUGUUUGGGGGUCUCGAUGAAAAGCCAAAGCGGGCGCGCUUCGCUGUGACCUUGUGUUGGUGAGCGCAUACGAAGGAGGGAUCAGAAGGAAAAAAAUAAAAAACAAAAAACAAAAAUCUGAGGCAUAUGCAGGCUUUUUCCAAUUUUUACGACUGGUUGUUCAUAAUGUCUUUUGUACCAGUGACGCUUUUGAUAUUGGAAAUUAAAAGGAAAGAAAUUUAAAUUGUUUGGCCUCCUUGACCAGGUCUUUUUUUUUUUUUGCUUGUUGCUGUCAGGCUAUUAUUAUUAUUAUUAUUAUUAUUAUUACGAUCACCGUUUUAUGUCUUUAAAACUCAAAAGGAAAAAAAAAACUUGCCUGGUUUUGUCUUUACUCUCCUCAAUUAGUUAAUCCAUUUCUGGGAGGGGGGCGCGAUCCUCUAAAUGGUGGUAAGUUUCAUGUUAGUAUUUGUGCUGUCAUCUGGAUUUUUGACGUGCGGAUAAUUGUCUUAGUUUAAGAGUUAAGCGUUUAGUUUGAGCCUUGCUUUAAAAGAAAACUUUUUUUUUUGGGAAAACAAUUUGUGUAGAUUAUUUUGUGUGCGUGCGUGUGUGCUUUUUCCCCCCCUACCCCUAAUCCCCCCGCCCCUCCCAUAGCAGAGUGUGUAGACAAAAAAAAAACUCUGUUCUUCUUUUGGUCGCUGUUUGUUCAUAUGUGGUGUGUUUCUUUGACUCUGUCUCCAAAUUAAACCAUUUUCCCCUCAU